AUGUCCUCCUCGCCCCUCCCAGCCACCGGAGACAAUGGCGUCGAGCCAGGCGCAGAGAAAGGCGUUCCGAAUCCAAGCCUCGAAGCAGCUGCCAACAUCACCAAUGACGCCGCCUAUGUUCCCGAGAAGAAAGGCUUGCGGUUCUGGCUCAUCGUCGUGAGCCUCGCCGUCACGGCGAUCCUCGCCGCCCUCGACGGAACCAUUGUCACCACGUCGCUGCCGUCCAUCUCGGCGGACUUGGACGGAGGAUCCAACUACGUCUGGGUUUCGGGAGCCUACUUUCUAGCCGUGACGGCUCUCCAGCCCCUUUACGGCCAACUCGCAGACUUUUUCGGCCGUCGAAAACUGUUGGUGGUUUCCAUCGCCAUCUUCAUCCUCGGCAGCGGCGUCUGCGGCGGGGCGUCAAGCAUGGGCAUGCUCAUUGCCGGCCGGACGGUGCAAGGCGUGGGCUCCGCCGGCAUCAACCUGCUCGUGGAGCUCAUCAUCUGCGACCUCGUCCCCCUCCGCGAGCGCGGCCAAUACACCGCCAUCAUCUACAGCGCCGCCACCGUCGGCGCGGCCAUGGGUCCCUGGAUCGGCGGCGAGGUCAUCGUCAAGGCCUCUUGGCGCUGGGUCUUUUACAUCAACCUGCCCAUCGGCGGAGCGGCUCUCGUCAUGGUUCUGCUCGUCCUCCGCGUCCAUCACCCACGAGUGGCGCCCAAAGACUUUCUCCGAAGUCUGGAUGCUGUCGGGAACAUUAUAUUCGUUGGUGCGACGGUCGGCGUCAUGUUUGGGCUCAUCUACGGCGGCGUCAAGUACCCCUGGGCUUCGUGGCAUAUCCUCGUGCCCCUGAUUUUGGGCUUGGUAGGAUUGGUCGUCUUUGCGCUCUACGAGGCGUCGCCCUACUGCAUCCAACCGUCGAUCCCGCGUCAGAUAUUCGGCAACAGGACGUCCAUUGCGGCCCUGCUAAUCACCUUCUUCCACUCAUCUCUGCUCACGUGGGUCACCUACUUCGUCUCCGUCUACUUCCAGACGGCUCUCGGCGCGUCUCCCGCUCGGGCCGGCGUCGAUCUUUUACCAAACGUCUUCGGCUUCAUCCCGGCCGCUGCCAUCGCGGGAGCGAUGCUGACCAAGUUUGGCCGCUACCGCCCUUGGCAACUUGCGGGACUCUGCAUAAUGACCAUUGGCAUGGGCCUCUACCCGUUGCUUGACCAGAAGACGCCGACGUAUGGGUGGGUGCUGCUCGUGUUUUUCUUUGCCGUGGGCUGCGGUCUCGUCAUUCCGUCGCUGCUGCCCGCCUUGCAGGCAAAGCUUUCGGACGAGGACUCGGCCGCCGCAAUAGCCGUCCUCACGAUCGGGCGAAACUUUGGCAGUGUCUGGGGCACCAUCAUCCCCAGCAUCAUCUUCAACAAUCAGUUCGAUCGGUUCUCUUACUACAUCGAAGACGAGUCAACUAGGACGCUGUUGCUGGGGGGCCAGGCGUACGCCCACGCGACGGCUGACUUUGUCAAUACGCUAGAAGGCAUCACGCGGGAGCAGGUCAAGACUACAUAUGUCAAGGCGCUGACCUACGUUUGGUACGUUGGCAUCGUCGUUAGCUUCGCCGGCCUUGCGUGUGUCUUCCUGGAGGAGGAGAUCGAUCUCCGCACAACUCUCGACAGCGACUUUGGUCUGGAGGAGGGGCCAAAGAAGUGA